UCUCACACGUGAUGAAGAACCAAAGUUUAUUAAAGUUCAUGUCUACUCCAAGCAAGGAUGCUAAAAAGCCUGAAUCUGUCUUAAAGACACAAAAUAGCUCAACUGCUACUAAAAAGGUAAAGCAGAGAAAGACGAAAACUAAAGAAGAGCUAGUACCUCAUUCGAGGAAGACUCCAAAGCCAUCACAAGAUGUAGAGAUGGUGGACGAAUCCAAAGAAGCAACUAAUGAGAAUCUGCCAGUGGAAAGUACUGAAAAGAUCCAAAAAGAUGAAGAAAAUUUAGCUCCUAAUAUGGAAAAAUCCGCUAAAAAGAAUAAAAGGAAAUCCAAGAAAGAUGGAACAGCUCGGCUCAGGAAGAGGAUUAAGACAGCACCGAAGGAGAAGGACCAACAAGAUGGCACUAAAGAGGCUCAUGAGGACGAGAAGGAGAUUCCAGCCUCUUCUCAAAAGCCUACUGCAAAAUUAGAUACAACUCAGAAAUCAACUUCCAAGGAAGAAAAGAAGGUAUCUGCUUCUGAUUCAAACCAAGAUGGUGGAAAAACAACUCCUGAGGAGGAAGCCUCAGCUCAGCCCAAGCAGUCCAAAAGAGGAAGGAAAAUAAAGGCGACCAUGCAGGACUCGCAGCCAUCAGUUGAAAUUAAAAGAGAGAAGAAAUUGAUUGAAAAAUUAGAAUCCCAGCUCUCCGACCUGAUUAAGGCGGGAAUUGAUUGCAAAUUAAAUUUAGAGCCUUCCAUGAGAGAAAAACACAAGAUUAACUUAGGAUCUCUGUCAGAAUUUAUCAAGGAGAAGGACUCCAUUGACUUGAAAGACCCUGAGACUCAAAUCAUUUUUAUCCAAACAUUCUCAUUCAUAAUUGACUCUUCCAGUCUUCCUCUCCAAGAGUUGGUCAGGAAAUGAAUCCAAACUCUUGCGCAGCUCGGAGAGGAAGUAUCUUCCAAGGUGAAGGCUGAAGAUUUUGAGACCUUUAUUAAAGAAAAUUCAGAGAGGAAAAUAUAUGGUAAAUUGGCUGAUACAAAUGAUACACUUAACGACGCCACUCCUGAAAGCCUCUACUGCUGGGAGAUUGUCAAUACUGCCCUAAUGGAUGGAGCUGUCGUUAAGGACAUCAACCUAGUCCGAGCAAGCAGAGGUUUUAUAGGAGAUAAAAUAAGAUCCUUAACAAAGUUAAUUAAGUUAAUCAACAAAGCAACUAAGGAUAAGGACUUGGAAAAGAUCCAAAAUGAGAAGGAAAAGUUUUCUAAAAUCGAUAAGAAGGAGACUGCUCACGCCCAGAAGGUCACUCAGAGGAUCCUCCAGAUCAAGGAGAAGGAAGAGAAGGAAGCCCAAAAGCAGCUGAAAAAGCAACAAAUAGAACUUGCCAAGGAAAUGAAAGAAAAACAGAAGAGAGAAGAAGCAGAAAGGAAAAAGAAAUUAGAAGCUGAAGCUAAGCAAAAGAAGAAAGAAGAGCAAGCUAGGAUUAAGAAGGAGCAGGAGGAAGCCAAGAAAAAGAAACAAGAAGAGAUCCAGAGGCAGAAGGAGUUGAAGAAACAGAAAGAAGAGGAGGAGAGAAAGAAAAAGGAAGAAGAAAUUAGGUUACAAAAAGAAAAAGAAGAGAGUGCUCAAACAAAACUAGCAUGUUUCUUCAAGAAGUCAGCCCCUCCUAAGCCAGCUCCUAAAGCACAAUCUUCCAUUCCACCCCCUUCAUCCGACACAAAGCCAUCUGAGCUCCUCAGUGACUUCAUCCUCAAAUGCCAAAAAUCACCUCCAAUAACCCCCCAAGAGAUCAAAUCUCACCUAAAAGACACUAUUCACACCUCUAGAACGCUCAAAAAUGCUCCAAAAUGCCCUAUCUCCACCCCAAACUCUCGUAAGAAGGACAUCUUCAUUGAAGGGUCUUACAAGAAGCUCUCUUGAGUCUGGCACAAGAAGAGCCACAUAAUCACGCCUCGUAACCCAUUUAAAAUGGACGAAGCCCUGAUAGACUACGAUAUGGACUCUGAAGAUGAAUUCGAGGAAGAAAAUGGAGAAGAUAUUAAUAGUGACAAAGAAGAUGAUGACGAAGAUAUGGGCGAAGAUGACGAAGAAGACGGCUGGAUCGUCCCUGAUGGGUACCUCUCAAGGUCAGAGAAGAACGAUGAUGAUCUCGAACUUGAUAAAGAUCCUAAAGAAAAUAGGAUUGGGUAUACUGAAGUUAAGAAGGAAAGAAAAUUCGAUAGUGUUAUACAGCCUGUAAUCAAUGUUUAUCAAGGUUCUGGAUUUGAAGAAUUCAAGAUCAUCAGUGCCAAUCCUCAGAUCUUAUUCCCCUUGGUCAUUUCAGCUAAGGAUUUCGACCAGGUUGACGAUGAAGAUGAUAAGAAAGAUAGUGCUGAUCCUAAUGCGAUCAAAAAGAAAAUGAAAGAGUUCAUUCUCAUGGUCCAUGGUUCUUAUGAAGCCAAGUUCAAACUUAUCGAAGAAUUUGCUAAGGAGAACCCUGAAUGUAGUAAAGCAUCCAUUGAGAGAACAAUAAGAGAGGUGUCUUCUAAAGAAAAGGAAUUUUCCCAGAGUAAAUUCAGAUAUAUCGUAACUCAAGAAGCCAUUGAUGCUUCAGAAGUUGAUAAGGAAGAACUACAAAAGAUCUUUGAUGCCCGCUUCGCUGUAGUCCAGGAAGAAAUUGAUCAAAUUGAGAGAGAAAAACAAGAAGAAAAGCAAAAGGAGAGAGAAGAAAAAGAAAGAAUCAAGGCAAUUGAGAGAGAGAAGAAAGAAGAAGCUAAAAGAAUUGAGAAAGAAAAGAAGCAAGCUGAAAAGCUCAAAAUCAAGCAAGAAAAGGAAAGACUCAAGCAGAAGGAAAAGGAAGAGAAGUUAAGGCUUAAAGAGGAGAAGAAGAAGGAAAAACAGAAGGAUAAAGGAAGUAAAUCCUCGACUAAAUCUGAAACAGACACUGAUGCCCCGAAGAGAAGUCGUGGACGUCCUAAAGGAAGUAAGAAUAAGGCUAAAUUAGAUAAGCCAGUUGUUGAAUCAUCACAAGUGGAAAUGACAGCUCCUCCGAGCUCUAUCACACCAGUUAAGGCACCUAAACCAGCUUCUAAAAAGACAGAGAAAGUAGAGAAGCCUCAGCAAAAGAGUGCUCCAAGCUCGAUCUUAAAUUAUUUCUCUAAGAAUUAAGGAUGCA